AUGGACCUUUUAGAUGACGAAGAUUAUGGAAGUGUCAGCGAUGAGGAAAGCUUGGAUGAUGGGUUAAGUGGUGUAACCAGUGGUAUAACCAGUGGUAUAGCCACAGAAUCGGAUAUUUUACCCUCUCCUAGUGUUAGCAACCUAAUAUCUGACUUUCACGCGCAAUUCUGGCACCAAGGCGCGGAUUUAGAUGACCUCAUCCAACUUGCCAAGCACGAAACUAUAAUACGAGAUGCAACAAACCAUACGACAGAGCCUUACAAUGUCAUAAAACUGGGCCAAUUGAUGCCUUUAUUCGAUACAGAGCUUUCCAUGGUGUUUCAAUGCAUUGUAGAUACCUACAAGGCCAAGUUCCCUGGGUUGGAAACUAUUGUCCCUGAAAGGAAACAAUACGUCGACGUGGUCAAGAUGCUGCAACAGGAUAUUCCCAACGUGCAAUUAGACCAAGUGCUAUCGAAGGAGGAAACCCUUGUGGUAUCUAUGUCUCUAAAGACAGAUUUCAAAGAGGGUGCUCGAAUUGAUAAGGAUCUCCUCUCCAAGGCCAUCCAUUGGUUCGAUAUUCUGUACAACUUACGGGACAACGUCUCACACUAUGUUGAGACAAGAAUACAAAUGGUAGCUCCAAACUUAUGUGCUUUAUUGGGACCUGAUACUGCAGCUAAACUGGUAACACAUUGUGGUAGUGUUAAAGAACUAAGUGUGGUUCCCAGUUGUAAUUUGGCAUCCAUUGGCCAGGACAAAACGUUGCAUGGCAAAUCGUUAGAUAUCUCUGGGGUACGACAAAAGGGAUAUCUAUUCUAUACAGACGUGGUACAAACACAGCCUCCUGAGUUCCAGAAACAGGCGCUUAGAAUGGUCUCUGCCAAGGUUGCUCUUGCUGCGAGAGCGGAUUGCACCAUGGGGAAUCAAGUCAUUAACCCAGAUGGGAAUUCAGAUGGGAACUCAGAUGCCUCGAAGCUGGGCUUGAAAUGGAGGCAUGAAAUCGUUGAAAAACUCAAGAAGAUAAUAGAUCCGCCGAAUAUCAGUAACAUCAAGCCGUUGCCGAUCCCAGAAGACGCUCCAAAGAAGAAAAGAGCUGGUAGAAGGUUCCGUAAGUACAAAGAACAGUUCAAGAUGUCGCAUCUAAGGCAAAUGCAAAACAGAAUGGAGUUCGGUAAAGAGGAACAGACCACCAUGGACCCAUACGGAGAAGAAAUAGGGUUCGGGAUGGCCGAUUCAAAGAACGUUUCCGCAUUGUCCUCUUUCAAUAAGACCAAAAUGCGUAAAUCUAUGCGUUUAAGAUUAGAUCAAGAGACUAAAAACACGCACAGUUUCCUACAGGAUGAGAGGUCCGAAAAGCUCAAACGUAGUGCAGAGCACCCACAAGCUACGGACCCCGCCACCAGCAAACAACCACGGUUGUGA